GUACAGAGGUUUUAAAUAAAAUAGGUGUUCUGUAGCUCCCUAAAAAUAGUUCCUCUAUGAAUCACCACCAUUUUAUAUUUACAGUUAAUGUUUGCUUUAAAAAACGAAGUGUUUAAAAUGUCUCAAAGAAAAUGUUGAAUAAAUCAGAAACGAGGCGAAGCUACGGUCUGCACAGUCUAGUAUUGUGUUGUAACAAAAAUUUUGUAUUUGAUGUCUUUUGCAGCUUCUUUGCGGUAUUAUAUUCAUUCCUGAUCUCCAUUCAUUGUACAUCUGAGGAUUCAGACUAAAUCAGGAUGUUGACCACUGCUGUUCUUAUUCUCAUUGUCACCAGUAAAGUUGUCCUAGGACAGAUACAGGAUGACAGACGAACUGUUAAAGGACCAAUAUAUCCAUUAGAUAUGGCAGAGAAUUCUGUUGAUGACCGGUAUUAUGGCUGUUCAAAGCAGAUGAAAAACCUGGUGGAGACAAAAUUUCAAAAGAAAGAAAUUACUGCUAACAUAUCUGGCUUUGGAACUGCUUGGACUACCAGUGAAAAAGAAAUCCUUCGACCACAAGAUAACUUAACUAGAAACCAUUUAAUUGCCAUUUCUGUGUAUACUGGUGUUAUGGUACAUGAAACAUUCAAUCAGGAUGUUAGGACCGAUAAACAGAAAUACCAAAACAAGACAUUCUCAUGGUAUUCACUUCAUUUUUGGUUGACACGAGCGAUACAGACUCUUAAGAAAACGCAAAAGGGAUGCAUAUUAACUUAUCGUGGUACCGAUGCUACAUUUAAGGGUGUCAAAAACACAGAGAUUCGUUUUGGUUUAUUUGCAUCCUCCUCUCCUAGUCUUAAAGUAGCAAUGAAAUUUGGAACUAAAUCUUGUUUUGAAAUCGAGACUUGUUAUGGUGCUAAUGUGACAAAAUACUCCAAGUUUCCUAGACAGAAAGAGGUGUUGAUUCCCCCAUACGAGACAUUUAAUAUCACUGAUAUCAGGAAAGGUAAGACGGAUGACUGGUGUAACACUGUGUUUGUGUUAAACAGCACUGGUGUAAAAAGUAACUUAAACUGUUCAUCAGUCAAGCCCAAGAAAUAUCACAAUGUCAUUAUCUCUGACUGAUCAGCAUUUACAUAUUUUCAUUUCUCUUUGAUAUAUUAAGCAAGUUUUCAGAAUUGCAGUUUAAAUGACCCAAAUGAGAAUCAUUUAUUUUUUUAUUUUUUUGAUCACA